ACUGUUUUCAUCAGUUCGUGGACGGCACUCGAAAGGUGAGGUACUGCCGGAGUGUUACUUCACCUUCUUGACUGGCACUGCGUACCCUGUUAUCUCAGCGUCGUCUGCUAAAUACAAAGACAGUUGUCGUAGAGAGAGUCAGCCACAACAGUGCCCUCGGAGUUCCCGGUGUGAGUGUGACCUGUAGUUAAGGGUGGUCGUGGCCCCAACCUCUUAAGAGUCAGGAGUCCUGUUGUCUCAGGACUCACCAGUGUUCUACCUCAGUGACACUCAGCCUAGAACAAGAAUCCUUACUGAGCCCUUGGACCACCACUACCAGGAGGAGCAGGAACACCACCCUCUGGAGGAGCCUGAGGUCCAUCAUGGUGGGUCGUAAGCCCCUGGUGGACGUGUUAGCGGCGCUGUUCGGUGUUGGAGCUUGGGUGGCUAUCAAUGGACUAUGGGUAGAGCUGCCGCUGCUAGUGGAUGCCCUCCCUGAGGGCUGGAACCUGCCCUCCUACCUCUCCGUCAUCAUCCAGAUCGCCAACGUUGGCCCCAUAGCGUACUCGGUGUUGAGCUCUGUGCGGCCAAGACAACGUCCGGCGCCUGUGGUGUACGGAGUGUUGGCUGUGGGGUGCAUCGCCUCCCUCCUGUUGUCGCUGCUAUGGCAGAAGACGUCGAUGUUGGGCGGGACGAAACACUCUACAGCACUACUCGCCCUCGUGUUCCUGCUGUCUCUUGUGGACUGCACCUCGUCAGUGCUCUUCAUGCCCUACAUGGCUGUAUGGCGGGAAAUCUACCUCGCCUCCUAUCUGGUAGGUGAGGGAAUGUCUGGACUGCUGCCGGCGUUGGUGGCUCUGGCUCAGGGCGUCGGAGGUAACGUCGAGUGUGAAAACGUGACCGUACCAAACGCCACUAAUGACUACGACACCGACUAUAUCUUACAACCUGUGCCACUCCACCCAAGAUUCAGCGUCACAUCUUUCUUUUACAUCCUAUUGUCCAUGAUGAUCGCGAGCGCCUUAGCCUUCACCUUCCUGGAACAUUUGCCCAACAUCAAGAGCGAGCGGACUACCUCGCCCUCGCCUACUGAUAGUGUAGCGGCGCUGGAAGCUUCCCACUCCAACACGCGGUUGAUGGAGAAUGUGGCAUCCAGUAAACAUGACCCUGGCAUGACCUCUCGGGCGUACUGGCUCAUGCUGGUGGGCCAAGCUUGGGCCUGCUGCCUCACCAACGGCGUCCUGCCAUCCAUACAAUCCUACUCCUGUGGCGCCUACGGUAACACGGCCUACCACCUAGCAGUGACGUUAUCAUCCCUGGCCAACCCGCUGGCGGCGUUAGUGACACUGAUGCUGCCCAGGAUACGAAGGUGGCAGCUGCUGAUGCUGGGCGCUUUUGGCUCACUAGUGGCGGCGUACAUCAUGGCCACUGCUGCCCUUAGCCCUCAACCGCCUCUCGUGGGCACCCAGGCUGGGGAGGCGCUCGUGGUAGUAGCGUGGAUUACAUUUACGGGUGUGAUGACGUUCGUCCGUGUAGAGAUUGCCAAUCAGAUGCGUGAGGAAGGUGCUCGAGCUCUCUUCUGGUGUGGGGCAGUUACUCAAGCUGGGUCAGCAGUGGGGGCCGUUACAACUUUCGUCCUGGUCAAUGUCUACAAUCUCUUCACACCAUACCACCCUUGCUAGUGACCACACUGUGAUAAUGUAAUGUAGGUACAGUGAUUGUAUUAAUGUACAGUAAUUAGAUAAAUUGCACUGUAUUACAGUUCAAUACAUAUUUGUAAUUCCAUAUGUGCCAUGCCAUUAGUUAUUAGCUGAAGUAAUCUUUUUAUUUUAGUCUUUGUAGUAAUUAUCUUGUAGUGCACUUACCUAAAGAGCAGCAAGUUUGCCUGUAACAGUUAACAUCUCUGAAAAGGUGCCCUUACACUAUAAGAAAUGCUUUACUGGGAGUAAAUUCUUCUCUGAUGUAAAGUUUAAGGUUUUCUUGCGAUUCAAAUAAUGUUGGUUUGUUUUUUUGUUAUACCUUUGUUAUUUCUAUGAGUUAUAUUUAUGUUGUUUCCCACUGUUAUAAUAAUAAGUUAAAAAGUAUCGGGUAACAAUUUUGAUUUAGGUCGUUAGGAUUACAUGUACAGUACAGUGCAGCCUUAGAUCUGUCUACUGAACCAGUUGACCACUUUGAGUCUACAAGGACUUUAUUGUAAUGUUUAUGUUAAAGUUUACCAAUACUCUUUUAAACAUUACUCAAAAUUUAUAUGAGCAUUUAAGAUUAGUCUUAUAAAGCAUGUUAAUUAUAGUACCUGUACAACAAUUUUUUAUCUGCACUACUGUAUGGAGUCAAAAGUUAGUCAGACAUGAAUCCUAACCUGAUAUUUUCAGUUCACCCAUUACAUUGGAAACCUGAUGUAGUCGGAAUCAAUCCUUCAAAUUAUUCUUCUUGUACCCUCUAGCUAACAAAGUUCAGGGGAUCAUACUCCUAGCAAGUGAAGUUUAGGGUACAGUAUAAUUUCUUCAUCCUAACUACAUUUCCACAUCACUAGAUUUUAUUCAGUUAUCAAGAAACUCCACUGAUACAGUAUUAUUCAUUUAAAGAUCAAAGGUUACUUGUGCUAGCUCAAUGCCAGAGGGUGUUUGCAACCAUGAUACAUGUCAGGGAUACCACAAGCAGAGGAAACUUUGUGGUACCUAUUAUGUUUAAAGGAUUAAUAAGGUCUUCAGAGGAGGACAUUCUUUGAUUGUUGAAAGGUCUUUGACAGCGUAUUCCUCUUCCCCUUAAUGUCACAGAAGGAUUGCAUGAAAAUGAAAAUACAGUUGCAAUCAAAAUUUAAGAGGAUAUUCAACAAUAGGGUACAGUCUGCUUGGAAGUUUUACAAGUACAAAAACAUUUUAGAACAAAUUGGAAUAAAUUUUUAUUAACAGAA